GAGGAACGGCGCAGUGUCGUCGAGCACUUAGAAGGCGUCGUGCAGGUGGCUGUGCACAAAACAAAUGCCAUGCUCAUGGCUCGACUCGAAGAUCAAGAGCGUAGCCGUGGAGAAGCUCAGCAACGUGAAGACAGUCGUGUGGCCCUCGGAGAAGUUUCUCACACCGAGUCGGCUCGAGGAAGUAUACAAACAUUUCCCCGACAACGCUUCGUCAUUUACCGAGUUCUGGAUCGAGACGCGUCGCAGUCAGCGUCUGCUGUUUGGCACUGAUGCGGCCACCGAGGAGCUGCUACUCGGUCACAACAAUCAUUUGCCGUACGUGGAGUACGUGGAGGUUCUCAACCGCCUCUCCCUCUCCAUCGGAGCACUGGCACCACCACUUUACUAUUCGGACGGCACCAAGGCUAUGCUGUACGGCGGCGUCCUGUACCUGUAUGCUCGGGCACUCAUCGGUGCCAUUGAAAACGAGGGAGUCAAGGUGAACUCCGAAGGCGAUACAGUGACGUCAUGGGCGAGUGACAAGGUGCUGGAGACUUUCGAGCAGCGAAUUCUGGGCUGUCUGCCUGGAAAUGCCAGCAUCUUUCCCGAGGUCCCAGCAAUUGAAGUGGCCUACGAAUCUUUCAAGCGGCACCAGGAAGACAACGAUACCCAACUAUCAGAGGAGUUAACCGAGGAGAAGGUCUUCUUUAUUACUGCCUGCCUCUCAACUUGCGCCAAGACGCCCGCUGACAACCUCUACGGUGGGGACUGUAACAAGGCGAUGAUGAACUUCGCUCCGUUUGCACAAGCCUUCGGUUGUCCAGUGGGCUCAAAGAUGAACCCGCCUACCAAAUGCUCAUUUUACGAUUGAAAUUGCGAUACUCUCACUUAAGACAUAAAUCUGACGGCGCGAUUUUCUUACCACGACGCUGACACUUAUUUUGUUCAAACUUCGUCCGUGGCGAACGACGUGCUCGACAUUUUAGUGGUUUCAACUUUUGUAGACUGCCUUGUUUAUUCUUUGUAUGUACUGCUCGUUUGCUUUUCCUGUAUUGAUUAACUUUUUGUUUCGCCCUUGACGAUGUCGAAGUAGAGGUUCUAAACAGUUGUGAUGCUAUUCCCAAUGUAACGUUUUUUUUAAUGCAGGGCUCACGGGUUUCGCUUUUGGUAAUGUGCUUUCGCAUGUCACUUUUCAAGUUAUCUGCACCGUUGUCAAGAAUAAUUUUGUUCUUCUUUGUACAAACCACCGAGCGAGCCAGUGGCGGAAAUUGCAUUGCUAUAGAGGAUGUAAUGAGUAUAAAGCAAACGAUUGCAGACAUUGUAAGACGAAACAGCACUAGUGCAAAAUCAUUGAGCAUUUAUCGAAAAUUUGUAUGGGGAAAUAGAGCGAAGCGGGUAAUGCGCUCAAGUGCGGAGCAAGUCGGACC